CGGCUAGUCAUUCUGCAACGCUUUGUAGCGACACAAGCCUGUCACGACCAUCGUUUAGUUCCAAUCAUGACGUCGCCGCACCAGCACAUUUAAAAUGUUACUCAUUUUAUUCACCUCCACGCUUUAUGCACUCGUGUUGUGCGAAGUGACUACGGUUACUGCGAAAGAUGUGAAACCCUACAUAUUUCCAAUCCCCUUCGAAUUACCGAACCGCAACGACCGCUCGGAACAAUGCUGGCUCCGCAUUGAGGAUGUCGAGUUGGUGGAGACCGUCACAAUAUACUGCUACAUCGCGCAGUCAUUCCUCAGCAACUAUAUUCACGACUACAACUCGAGGAAGAUGACUGAGGAUGCUGUGGACGUGAGCCUCUGGAUUGAGAAGCCGAGGCGGCACGAGGAGGACCUCACUCCUCCGGACAACUCUCAACACGAGAUCAAAGACUGGAGGGUGACGACUGUGCUGGACCCCACCACCCACAUGCGGUUGUACGUCACUAAGAACGCGGACUGCAGGCUGGUCAUGUACAGCAGGGAAGGCGUGACCAACUACAAAGUGGACUGUGAAAGGAUUCUAUACUACGUUAAUGUGCGCAUGAAUGCAAGUGCUGUGUUUCCCCGCGAACAAAACUUAAGACUUAUCCUAGCAAACUCUACACACGUCAUGCUGUCAACUGGUUUUUCUGUUUAUAUCACAUAUCCAUUCAUAGACGUGUUUAUCUCUGAAGAUGAAGGUAUUUCCUUGCUAUAA